GAAGAUGGCGUCAGGCAGCGGGACGAAAAACUUGGACUUUCGCCGAAAGUGGGACAAAGAUGAAUACGAGAAGCUUGCUGAGAAGAGGCUUACAGAAGAGAGAGAAAAGAAGGAUGGAAAACCAGUGCAGCCAGUUAAGCGGGAGCUUCUGCGGCACCGGGACUACAAAGUGGACUUGGAAUCCAAGCUUGGAAAGACAAUUGUCAUUACGAAGACCACCCCACAGUCUGAAAUGGGAGGAUAUUAUUGCAAUGUGUGUGACUGUGUGGUGAAGGAGUCCAUCAACUUCCUGGAUCACAUUAAUGGAAAGAAACAUCAGCGAAACCUGGGCACGUCUAUGCGUGUGGAACGUUCCACCCUGGAUCAGGUGAAGAAACAUUUUGAGGUCAACAAGAAAAAGAUGGAAGAGAAACAGAAGGACUAUGAUUUUGAGGAAAGAAUGAAGGAACUCAAAGAAGAGGAGGAGAAGGCUAAAGCAUACAAGAAAAAGAAACAGAAGGCAAAGAAGAGGAGGGCCGAGGAAGAGUUGACAUUUGAGGAUGAUGAUGAGAUGGCAGCUGUGAUGGGCUUCUCUGGCUUUGGUUCCACCAAGAAGAGUUACUGAAGCUUCUUAUACUUGGCCUGAUUUUGGCCUAUGCUGGACCUAACAUUUUGUGUGUGUUGGGGAGGAGAGGUUCAUUUCUAAGUCCUUGGUAAAUUCCUUAGAGUGUUGGUGGGCAAGGAGGAGGGUGGGUGUUUUGGUUUCCCUCCGAGUUGGGAGAGGGCACAGGAUACAGAAGUAAUGUGGCAUAUUCAUUCAGUCUCAGUAUAGCACUGGAGUCACAAGACCUCUGCCUGAGUUCCCAAUAAAGACAGGCCUCCUCUUCUAAGGCUGCUUUCCCAAAA